UCCCAUGUUCCCCCGCGUACUGAAGCCCCGCCCCCAGCCUCCCAGCCCCGCCCCGAAGGUUGAGGGGUGUGGAUGGUUUGUGACCCCCCUCACCCGACUCUACCCUUCACGGGAUAGGAUAACUGGGUUUGGGCACGGCUGCCGGAGCUAGGCACCCUUUCGGCUCGGGUGGACCCAUGGACCUCUCUUCAGCGCCGCGGAGAUAGGACCGCCCAAACACGGAGCCUUCGCCUCAGAAAAGGCAGGAUCGGGGACCCCCUCCUCACCGCGCCGUCCGGGUCACUUACAGGUUGAGGAGAGAGCAAAGGCCUCUGAGGAGGGAGACCUGGGGUCCUGUCCAGCCCCUCCCCACGAAAGUUCCCUGUGCCUGCGCCAGUCGUUUUUGCCUCUGUUCGCCGUAGUUUCCUGUAAAUCAGGGUUAAUGACAUUAACCAUCUUACCAUCAGGAGUUAGUUGUGGGAGUGACAAAUAAUCGCUACUAUUUACUUACUGAACACUUGCAACGUGCCAGGCACUGUGCUAAGUAUUUUGCUUCAAUGAUUUCCCAUCAUCUUCAAAACAACCUUAUGAGUGUGGACCCAUUCAGCAGCCAGGCCAUGGAGAUCUCUGAUGUCACCCUUAUUGAGGGUGUGGGUAAUGAGGUGACUGUGGUGGCAGGUGUGGUGGUGCUGAUUCUAGCCUUGAUCCUAGCUUGGCUCUCUACCUACGUAGCAGACAGCAGUAGCAACCAGCUCCUGGGCACUAUUGUGUCAGCUGGCGACACAUCCGUCCUCCACCUGGGGCACGUGGACCAUCUGGUGGCGGGCCAAGGCACCCCAGAGCCCACCGAACUUCCCCAUCCAUCAGAGGGUAAUGAUGAGAAGGCUGAAGAGGCUGGCGAAGGUGGGGGAGACUCCACAGGGGAGCCUGGAGCUGGGGGUGGUGUUGAGCCCAGCCUUGAGCAUCUGCUUGACAUCCAAAGCCUGCCCAAAAGACAAGUGGGCCCAGAGAGCAGCAGUCCAGAGGCGCCCCUGAGAUCCGAGGACAGCAACUGUCUCCCUCCCAGCCCCAGCCUCAUCAAUGUGCGGCUCAAAUUCCUCAAUGACACCGAGGAGCUGGCUGUGGCCAGGCCCGAGGAUACUGUGGGUGCUCUGAAGAGUAAAUACUUCCCUGGACAAGAGAGCCAGAUGAAACUGAUCUACCAGGGCCGCCUGCUGCAAGACCCAGCCUGCACACUGCGUUCCCUGAACAUUACUGACAACUGUGUGAUUCACUGCCACCGCUCACCCCCAGGGUCAGCUGUUCCAGGCCCCUCAGCUUCCCUGGCCCCCUCCUCGGUCACUGAGCCACCCAGCCUCGGUGUCAGUGUGGGCAGCCUCAUGGUGCCUGUGUUUGUGGUGCUGUUAGGUGUGGUGUGGUACUUCCGUAUCAAUUACCGCCAGUUUUUCACAGCACCUGCCACUGUCUCCCUGGUGGGGGUCACUGUUUUUUUCAGCUUCCUAGUAUUUGGGAUGUAUGGACGAUAAGGACCAGAGGGAGAAAAUGAAAGGCAUGGUCUUCCUCCUUUAUGGCCUCUCCCCUUUCCUGGCCAGAGCUGGGCCCAAGGGCCUGGGAGGGGAGGGUGGAAAGGAUGUGGUGGGUUCUCCUCCAUAGGACACAGGGGCAGGCAUGGGGUCUCCCCUUCAUGUCCACGAGGGUACAGACAUCCCCUCUGUGCAAGCACAACUCAGGUAGAAAUGAGAAUGUCAUUUUCCUUCACUUUUAAGGUCCUGAAGUUCAGAGCCGAGCUGGUGGCCCAGCUCAGUGGGCUGCCUGGAUUCUGAGGAUUCCCUCCCAGCUGUGGCCCUAGCUCUUCCCAUCAUCCUGCAUGUCUGCUCCUCAGCACCCAGGGCUGUCUGCCAGGGCAGCUCAGCAUGGCCCCAGCACACUUCUGUAGGGAGCCUGGUGUAACUCUUGAUUCCUUAGUGGAACAUCCAUCUUUGGAGACUAAAACCACACAAGCAGGAGUGAAGUUUGUCAGCCUUCCCUCUAGGCACUUUACUUUCUCCCUCCACCCCGUAGCAGUAAUAGGGUGUUCUGUGUGUUCCAGACAGUUACCAGUGUUCUCCCUUUUUUUCAAAGCACUUUGCUUAUAUUCUUUUUUUUUUUUUUUAAGUAGUUCUUUAUAGAGCUCAGUCAGAAAGGGGACUGGGGCACAAAGCCAAGCCCCCAGCAUUGGGAGAGGCCAGGCCACAGCUGCUGCUACCCUAGGCCUAAGGCUGUAAGCAAGAGGCAGCUCUGGCUCUCAGCCAGUGUCAUACCCUGCCCAGCUCCAAGGACGAGCUCUGGGUAUGGAGCACUGGGCCCCAGGCCCUUGCCUAUGGGGCUCUUGGAUGGAGGGUCAGUGUCUGUGACUGAAUAAAGUUCCAUUUUGUGGC